GCUUCGGCGGCGGCUGCGGCUCCGGCGCUCGGCGCGGGUAGGUCCCCCUGCUGCCUGGUUCCAUUUGUUGUCGAGUCCGGCUCGGGGCAGCCGCGCUGUGCGGAGCUUCGGAGAGCCCGGCAGGGCAGCCGCGCAGCCACGACGGAGCAGCCGCGGGAUUGGCCGCCCCGCGCCCCCUUCGCCGCCGUGCCCUUCCCCGGCGCGCUCACUCCCUUCUCGGGAUGGGAUUGUAGCGGCGGCGCGGACUCGGCGGGGGUCGCGGCGGAGGCGACGGCGGCGGCGGCGGCGGCAGCCGAGCAGGGCUCCAUGUUUUCCCCCGGCCAGGAGGAGCACUGCGCCCUCAACAAGGAGCCGGUGAAAUACGGGGAGCUGGUGGUUCUGGGGUACAAUGGUGCUUUACCCAAUGGAGACAGAGGCCGGAGGAAAAGCAGAUUUGCUCUCUACAAGCGGCCGAAGGCUAAUGGAGUCAAACCCAGCACGGUCCAUGUGAUAUCCACGCCACAGGCAUCCAAGGCUAUCAGCUGCAAAGGUCAACACAGCAUAUCGUACACUCUGUCAAGGAAUCAGACUGUGGUGGUCGAGUACACACAUGAUAAAGAUACGGACAUGUUUCAGGUGGGCAGAUCAACAGAAAGCCCUAUUGACUUCGUCGUUACAGACACAAUUUCUGGCAGUCAGAACAAUGAUGAAGCGCAAAUUACACAAAGCACCAUAUCCAGGUUUGCCUGCAGGAUAGUCUGUGACAGGAAUGAACCUUACACAGCACGAAUAUUCGCAGCCGGAUUCGACUCUUCCAAAAACAUAUUUCUUGGCGAAAAGGCGGCAAAGUGGAAAAACCCCGAUGGCCACAUGGAUGGGCUCACGACCAAUGGUGUCCUGGUGAUGCAUCCGAGAGGGGGCUUCACUGAGGAGUCCCAGCCUGGGGUCUGGCGCGAGAUCUCCGUCUGUGGAGACGUGUACACCUUGCGAGAGACCAGGUCUGCGCAGCAAAGGGGAAAGCUGGUGGAAAGCGAGACCAACGUCCUGCAGGACGGCUCCCUCAUCGACCUGUGCGGGGCCACCCUGCUCUGGAGGACAGCAGAUGGCCUCUUUCACACCCCAACCCAGAAGCACAUUGAAGCCCUGCGGCAGGAGAUCAACGCUGCCCGGCCACAGUGUCCCGUGGGGCUCAACACCUUGGCCUUCCCCAGCAUCAACAGGAAAGAGGUGGUGGAGGAGAAGCAGCCCUGGGCAUACCUCAGCUGUGGGCACGUGCACGGCUACCACAACUGGGGCCAUCGGAGCGACACGGAGGCCAAUGAGAGGGAGUGUCCCAUGUGCAGGACUGUGGGUCCCUACGUGCCGCUCUGGCUCGGUUGCGAGGCGGGCUUUUAUGUAGACGCGGGACCGCCCACCCAUGCUUUCACCCCUUGUGGACAUGUGUGCUCAGAGAAGUCUGCGAAAUAUUGGUCUCAGAUCCCGCUGCCUCACGGGACUCACGCAUUUCAUGCCGCCUGCCCUUUCUGUGCCACGCAGCUGCUUGGGGAACAGAACUGCAUCAAAUUGAUUUUCCAAGGUCCAGUUGACUGAUGCCCUUUACAGCCAUCGAUGACGACUUUAUUAACAAGUUACUGUGAAGAUUUUGCCACUAACUCUAGAUUUUACCUUUUUAUAAUACCGUUCAUUAAGGGGAGGCGUGUCCUGAGGCUGGGAAAAAAGAAGGGCGUGGUGAUGAAACAUGCCAGGCAUUGAUGAUAACAGUGGUGUGUUGCAUGCUCAAAAUAGCAGCCUCCUCAUUGAAGUCUGCUUAAUUAAACCAUAAUAUCUUUGUAACAAUUGGAUUUUAAAUGCCAUGCUUUUAAAAACCUUGGGGUUUUUAAAACAAGUUUUCUUUGUUAAAUUUGGACAGGACUUUAAAUUCCAUUUUAAAACUGUAGAAGAAAUUUACUCAGAAGUUGUUGGCUCUUAACUGCAAACUUCGGUGCUGUGUGGUAUAGGUGUUAGACAUGCCGUAUCUGGAAAUACUUGAUACAGGUUAGAAUCUGACCAGAUACCAAAGGGGCAGCUCUAUAAGAUGAUGUUGGGGGACAGGAGACCUUAGGCACAGGUGAUUGUUUUGAAAUCUGGGGCUUUUCUCUGACUUUUCUUUUGAGGGGAGGGAAUAUUCAUAUGUUGUCAUGUU